AUACUACACUCUCAGGGGAAAUCGGCACCAAGAAAAAAGUGAAAAGACUGUUAAGUUUCCAGAGAUAUUUCCAUGCAUCCCGGUUACUACGUGGAAUUGUACCACAAACCUCUCUGUACCUACUGGAUGAGGACUACCUUGGGCAAGCAAGGCAUAUGCUAUCCAAAGUGGGAAUGUGGGAUUUUGACAUUUUCUUGUUUGACCGCUUGACAAAUGGUAACAGUCUUGUAACACUGCUUUGUCACCUUUUCAACGUGCAUGGACUUAUUCACCAUUUCCAGCUAGAUAUGGUUACAUUACACAGGUUUUUAGUUAUGGUUCAAGAAGAUUACCAUAGCCAAAACCCGUACCACAAUGCGGUCCAUGCUGCUGAUGUCACACAAGCUAUGCACUGCUAUCUGAGGGAGCCCAAGCUUGCCAACUUCCUCACCCCGUCGGACGUCAUGCUCGGACUGCUAGCUGCUGCAGCUCAUGAUGUGGAUCAUCCAGGGGUCAACCAGCCCUUUCUAAUCAAAACUAAACACCACCUUGCCAGCCUGUACCAG